GGGAUUUUUUUUUUUCAGAAAAAUAAUGAAGUUCCUACUGAGAGAGAAAGAUAGUGAGUAACGGAAUUAUCUCGUAGAAGGACAGCGGGGGGUCGGUUGAGGUACUAAAGAAGGCAAUUUUGAAAGGGGUUUUCUUUGUGUUUGAGCUCAGGACCCUGGAAUGUACGUGUGAGUGGAGAUAGAAGAAAUCUUCCUAACUGGACUAUAGUGGUUUUACAAAAUGGCUGCUUCUGGUGAUGUGAAGAGCAUCAAUGAGCUGAGAAUUUUUGAAAGUAUAGAUGAUUUGGCUACUGAUUUGGCUGAGUAUAUCGCACAAUUAUCAGAGGUUUCUGUAAGGGAAAGGGGAUUUUUUACUAUUGCUUUAACUGGUGGAUCGCUAAUUAGCUUGAUGGGGAAGCUUUCUGAAGCUCCUUAUAACAAAACGGUUGACUGGACAAAAUGGUAUGUUUUCUGGGCUGAUGAGCGGGCGGUGGCAAAGAAUCAUGUUGAUAGUAAUUAUAAGCUCACAAAGGAUGGAUUCCUUUCAAAGGUCUCUGUUCUAAAUAGUCACAUCUACUCUAUCAAUGAGAAUUUGACGGUGGAGGAAGCGGCGCGAGAAUAUGAAUUCAUGAUCCGACAACUAGUCAAGGUUCGCACAAUCGAUGUCUCCGAGAGCAACGAUUGCCCGAAGUUUGAUCUUAUCCUCCUUGAACUAGGCUCUGAUGGUCAUGUAGCUUCUCUCUUCCCUCACCACAUUUCCCUCCAGCACAAGGAGGAUUGGGUCACUUACAUCACUGAUUCACCUGAGCCACCACCUGAGAGAAUCACAUUUACGCUUCCGGUGAUCAAUUCGGCGUCCAACAUUGUGAUGUUGGGUGUUGGUGAUGAGAAGGCAAUGGUGGUGAAGCAAGUCAUUGAUAAUCUUACCAACGGCCUCGAUGUCUCUUUGCCGGCCAAGAUGGUGAGCCCAAGUGAAGGGAAGCUAGUGUGGUUCUUGGACAAGCCUUCAGCCUCCUUCCUCAAUGCAAAAGAAAGCAAACAAGAUGAAAUAUAGCAGUAAUGUGAAAUUUGUGUAUGUAGAUGAUCACAAUGUGUUUGAUAUAUGUUAGUUCUUUUUGUUUGGUCCUAUUAGGAUAUUCUCUCAACUGUUAUGUGAGGAAAGAUUAAUAAGCCAAUCUUGAGGCAUAGAAGUGUUGGAGAAUGAGGUGAGGUGUAUGAUGGCAGAGAGCUCAUAUAUUUUGUUCUUUAUUGGAAAUCAUUUACUGGAAACUUAUAUAGAGGACCUUUUCUUUUUCUUUC